AUGACGAUCUCCGGCAACGCCGUCGAUCCACCCAAACAAACCCUAAUCUUUUCAUACGGCACUCUCAAACGAGGAUUCGCUAACCACACCUUGAUGCAGGAUUUAAUCUCCAGCAACGACGCCGUUUUCAUAGGCAAUUACAUCACCGACCUCCACCUACCUCUCGUCCGUGGUCCCCAUGGCGUACCGUUCCUCCUCAACCUCCCUGGGACAGGUCGCCACCGGGUCCGUGGUGAACUUUACUCUGUUUCGGACGCUGGACUUCAACGCCUCGAUGUGCUUGAAGGCAUUACCCUUGGACAUUACGAGAGGCUUCCGAUUACUGUUUCUCCGGAAAUUCGUGAUGCUGGUAGCGGUGGCCGUCGAGUGGCGGUACGUGCUGAGGCGUAUUAUGCGCACCGGAGUUUUGCGGAGGAUAUGUGGCGGAGGAACGGACAGGAGGGAUUUGAGUCGUUUAGUCAGGAAGUGGCUAAGGGUUACAUGAAAACUCUGAAGAAAGGAGUGCUUAUUCUUGCUAUAUCUGUAUUCCAUUUUCAACAAUUUCUUGAAGAAGCAACUGAAGUUGCUUUGUGGUCUGAAUAAACCUUCAUAUAGAUUGCAGUGUAAGAUAUUUCAGAUUCAGAAAAGUUUGAAACUAAGCUCAUUGAUUAGUGGUAAUAUACCCAAUUACCCAUGUAAUUAACUAAUUAUGCAUUUGCAACUCCAUAAUUAAGAGACAACAAUGACAUAUUUUAGUUCUCCAUUGAUAUCUGUUUUACUAUACACGAUAUAUCAGUUACUAAAUAGUAUAUACUUAACACUAUAAGGUGUACAAAUAACAGAAAAACACAAACUUCACAUACUUGUUACAUGACACAAACAUACUAGC